GGGCUGUAAUAGAAGCAGCCCUAAGGAGCCUUUUGAAGUUACCAUUAUAGAGAACACCUGCCCAGGAAGCAACCAUGCCUGCAGAGGGAGGGAAAACCGACAUGGAGAGGAUUGGCCUCUUCAGUGAGAUGGAAUAUGUCACUGUUGGCGAUAAAUACGUGUCACAAUUUAAUCGACCCUUUAAUGAAGCGGCAAGCAAAAAUAAACAAAUGCUACCUGGGGGAUCCAAAGAAAUGUCCAGUCUCCAGGCAGGUUAUUUUGAUCCCUACUUUGGAAGGGUUUUUGAAGGUGAAGGCUAUGUCAGUCUGAAUCAAGUGAGGAGACGGAAUAUGAUGGAAGAAGCCAAAAAAAAUGUAGGCAAAGCCUUCCUCCCUAGUAGUGGAGAUAAAAAACCAUGUGGAGUAGGAAGCUACUAUGGAACAAUAGGUGGUCCAGUUCCAUUCUUCAGUGCACAGUCAAAACCGAGAGAAAGAUAUGAGGCACCUGGGAAGAAUUUAUAUACAAGCCCAGGAAAGAAAGGAACUGGAUACGGCUAUGCAAAUAUUACGAUAGGUAAACAGUUUUCACACUCUGCUGAUUUCUACGAUGCGCCAAAACUAAAUUAUAAGAAAGAGAUUGAAGAGCACCAUCGUCUACUUAAAGGGACACCUUUCAAGUUAAAUCUUUACCCAAGAGAGUACUUUGAUGCCAAUCCUUAUUUUUUGGAGAAACCUUUACCACCAAUUAAAAAAGCAGAGAAGAAAGCAGAAUCUACAAGCCCUUUUAAGCCAUCUUCUCCUGGCAAAAAGGCUGGUGGCAUGAAGGCAGGAACAUUUGACCCUUACCCUUCACAUUCUGCUGACCCUUAUAUGGCUAAGUUGGCCAAGCAGGCUUCCAGCAAAGAUGCUAAGAUUUUCCACCCACCAGGUGGACCAAAAAGCAGACCAGUUCAAAGUAUAAUGACCUUGAAUGUCAAAAGGGCACUAAAUAUGAAGAACUACAAGACUGCUUCAGUACAGUCCUAUUAGCCUCUGGAGGACAAGUAGCUUUCUAGAUCCUGACUACCAGUAAUUCAUGAUCAGGUGCUAAUUAUUUGAAAAACAUAUAAGAUGCUGUGGAACAGAUAGCUCAAGCAUUUACAACAAAUUUAAU